AUGGAUGUGCCUGCAGACUCGCAUAUCAAUUAUGAAGACGCCAUCGACUACUGGACGGAUGUGGAUGCUACCGUGGACGGUGUCUUGGGUGGAUACGGGGAAGGUACAGUAGUACCUACAAUGGACGUGCUGGGGUCCAACAAUUUUCUGCGCAAACUAAAGUCUAGGAUGAUUCCUCAAGAGAAUAACUUGAAGUACGCUGUGGAUAUUGGUGCGGGAAUUGGACGAGUAAGCAAGACCAUGCUGUAUAAGCACGCUGAUAAAAUAGACCUUGUGGAACCGGUAAAGCCUUUUGUUGAGCAAAUGCAGACUGAACUAGCUGAACUGGAGGAAAAAGGACAAAUCGGAGAGAUCUACGAAGUUGGGAUGCAGGACUGGACACCCGAUUCCGGCAAAUAUUGGUUGGUCUGGUGCCAAUGGUGCGUAGGACACUUGCCAGAUGCGGAACUGGUGGAAUUUCUAAAAAGAUGCAUUGUUGGUCUGCAACCCAAUGGUACAAUCGUGGUUAAAGAGAACAACACACCUACAGAUACUGAUGAUUUCGACGAAACGGAUUCUUCGGUCACAAGAUCGAACGCUAAGUUUCAGCAGAUCUUUGAAGAAGCGGGCCUAAAACUUAUCGCCAGUGAGAGGCAACGUGGCUUGCCAAGAGAGUUGUACCCGGUGAGAAUGUACGCACUCAAGCCUAUAUCCGAAUAG